CGUUUUCUUUCAGGGGAUGGCGCGCUGCCCCCUCGUGUCGCUGGUGGUGGUGAUAGUGGUGGUUGUGGUGGUCGAGGGGGGUAGGAGGAGGGGGCAGCUCUCCCACCCUUACCCCGAGCCACCCCAGGACACGCCCCCCCUCAUCCCCCCGCCCAGUCAUAGUGAGCUAGACGCACACAACAUGACAGAGAUACUAGAGGAACUGGAGUCACUCUUCCACACCCUGCCCGGAAUGCCUCUCAAAAACCCAUGGAAACGACAAGACUGCCCUUUACAACGCCAACAGUCCUGCCCUAAUUACUGCCCACUACCUCCACAGCCCCCGAUAUGCCCCACCAACCCAUGUCAGCGCCCCCCAUGUCCCCCUGGCCGACCCUGCCCUGUUAAUCCAACCUGCCCCCCUCAGAGACCCUGUCCUGUUAAUCCAACCUGCCCCCCUCAAAGGCCAUGCCCUAUACCUCCAACCUGCCCUCCCCAAAGACCAUGCCCUCUGCCUCCAGCCUGCCCCCCUCAAAGGCCAUGCCCUCUGCCCCCAGCCUGCCCCCCUCAAAGGCCAUGUCCAGUGCCCCCCAGCUGUCCCACACCUCCACAGUGCCCCCCUCAACGACCAUGUGAUCCAGUUCCCCCGUGUCCAGCUUGUCCCAGUUGUCCGUGUCCUCCUGGUCCCCCGGGUGAACCAGGCAUCCCAGGUCCCCCAUGUGUAGGUCCACCAGGUCCCCAAGGUCCCCCAGGGUUAGGGUAUCCAGGCCCCCCCGGUCAGCCAGGCCUCCCGGGGUCGUGUGGAGGUGGGGGGUGUGUUGACCGACCAGGGAAUUGUGGGAAUGAUAAUCUGAUAACGGAGAUUCUGAUUCUGCUUGGAAGAGGAUGUUGUGACCACGGGUGCCAGGAUCCCGAACCAGAGGAGUGUACGUGGGACAGUGGACAUCUCUGGGGCCUUUUCCUGCAGGUGAAGAGCAAGAUUGCGCUGAUAACUAAGCUGGACACGAGCAUUGACGUCAUGGUGGCUUCGGUCUUUAGAAUGAGGCUUACUGUUCAGAGAGCCUACGAGAUGGUGGGUGAGCCGGGGCCCCCAGGUGACGAGGGUGACCCUGGGGAGAAGGGCGACAAGGGACCCACGGGGGAGCCUGGCCACUGCCCCGAGAUGACCUGCCUGGUUGGCCCCGCUGGUCCCCCGGGGCGCUCUGGGGAAAUAGGGGAGCCGGGGCCCAAGGGGGAGUGUUGCUACGGGGCGAGGGGACACCGUGGGCGGAAGGGGACGGCUGGGCGCGGCUCCCCUGGGGUGUCUGGGCCCGCAGGGAGGAAGGGAGACAAGGGGGAGCCAGGCCGUAUCAUCUGGGGUGGGCAAGAUCUCGGCGUCUCCCCGUGGUGAUUUUGUUGCAGUCUGCCUUGAAAUGACCCCGUUUUCUUUGGUUCUUUCUUUAUUUUUAUCAUUAUUGGUGUUUAUUAAUGUCUGUCUUCAAAUAUUUUCAUUUUCUUUGGCUCUUUAUUAUUUUUAUUUGUCUUUGCUAAUGUCUGCCGUAAAAAGUCCUCGUUUUCUUUGGUUAAUUUUUUUUUUUUCUUAUUAUUUGUAGUAGUAUUGGACUUUACGGGUGUCUGCCUUGAAAUAUCUCCGUUUUCUUUUGUUUAUUUUUAGCUAUCAUUAUUAUCAUUUACAAAUAACAAAUGUCUACCUUAAAAUACCCCCGUUAUUAUUGGAGUAAUUCUUUUUUUACAUGUUAUUAUCGCCUGUGUUUUGAAUAAUGCUUGGCUGUAGUUGAAGUACUUAAGGUAUCGCUAAGGUGUCGCUAAGGUAUCGCUAAGGUAUCGCUAAGGUAUCGCUAAGGUAUCGCUAAGGUGUCGCUAAGGUGUCGCUAAGGUGUCGCUAUUGUUAUUGUUAAGCAUUCUGUCACUAGUCGGGUUGAUGUAGGUGCACACAAGUCACUCACCCUACACCUAACCACCACCACCCCACCACCACCACCACCACCACCACCACCACCACCACCACCACCCUGCUACAACGCUCACACAAAACCGUACGACACUCACACAAAACCGUACUUUACUUUUAAGAAUACUGAGAGAAAGACUUUAGCAUGAAUAAACUAACAUGGAACAACAA